AUGCACCAGCCUCAGCUCUCAAUCAACUCGGUUCAGUCGCUCGUUGAGCCGACUACUCCGCCACUAGGCCAGAUGAGCAAUCGGCAAAACCACCAGCGAACUCAUUCGCUUGAUCUGUCCGGAUUCAACCAGUUUAUCCAGGGAAAUUCACCCAUGAUGCCUAUGUCACUGUCGCCUGGCACUCCGCCGGUGGCUUCCGGUCUUUCUGGAGGCUCUCUGAGCGCCACCGGUGGCGUCUCGGCCGUUGCGAAUGCUCAUCGCCCGAAAUUGAAGUCAUUGCCCCUGAUCAACGAAUUCAAUCCCAGUUUCUCGGUCUCUUCCACUAACGACGGGCAAAUCUCAAUGCCCAUGCGCACCGUCAGUGGGUCUACCACGUCUUCAUCCGCCUCAAUGUCGCAUUCCCACUCAAACUCGCAAUCCAAUUCUGGCGCGCCUGCAGACUUAAAUUGGACCCCACUGGAAGAGUUGGAUUACGUCAAGCUUGCUACUGAUCAGUUCGGCUGUCGCUUUUUGCAAAAAAAGCUGGAGACACCUCAAGAGUGCUGCACCGUAAGAGAUCUUAUGUACCGCCAGGUCAGUCCAUUUUUCUUGGAAUUGAUACUUGACCCGUUUGGGAACUAUCUGGUUCAAAAACUAUGUGAAUGUUUAACGACUGAUCAGAAGACACAGUUGAUUGAAAAGAUCUAUCCUCACGUUUUCCAAAUUUCUAUAAACCAAUACGGGACUCGCUCAUUGCAAAAAAUUAUAGACACUGUCGAUACAGAAGCUCAGAUUGAUCUCAUUGUUUCAGGCUUUGGUCAAAACCAUACUUCUAUUGACCAAAUUGUUGCUUUGAUAAAUGAUUUGAACGGAAACCAUGUUGUUCAAAAGUGUAUUUUUAAGUUCCCACCUACCAAAUUUGAUUUCAUAAUCGAUGCCAUUGUGGAUCAAAAUAACAUUGUUAAAAUAUCAACUCACAAGCAUGGUUGUUGUGUUCUACAAAAACUGUUGAGUGUUUGUACCUUGCAACAAAUCUUCAAAAUAUCGGUCAAAAUCAUUCAAUUCUUACGUCAUUUGAUUAACGACCAAUUUGGCAACUACAUCAUCCAGUUUCUCUUGGAUAUACGAGAGCUAGAUUUUUACCUUUUGGGUGAGCUGUUCGAUAAACUAUCAACUGAAAUGUGUCAGUUGUCCUGUCUGAAGUUCUCUUCCAAUGUCGUUGAAAAAUUCAUCAAGAAGUUGUUCACCAUUUUGAAGUUUGCUGUAGUUCCUGCGUCUGCUAAGAAUAAAACUGUCACGGAUGAUGUUAUCAUGGUGGCAAUGAGAAUCUUAAUCAAGGUGAUUGAUAUUUUCACUGCUAAUUUGAAUGUCUUAAUUAGAGACAAUUUUGGAAAUUACGCAUUACAGACUUUGUUAGACGUCAAAAACUACAGCAAGUUGCUGCAAUACCCCAAUAACACAUAUGUGCACACUUCCGCUAACACACUAAACUUCAGCCGUGAGUUCACUGUGAAAGUAGGAAAUUUAGUUGUUCUAACUAAAGAACUAUUACCCAGUAUAAAGACGACUUCUUAUGCCAAGAAGAUCAAAAUCAAAGUGAAGGCUUAUGCUGAAUUGACCGGGUUGAUAUUUAACGACCCCCCUGCAACGAAAGGCGGCAAUGCUUCCAAUCCUCAUCAAAACAAUCAUCGCAAACAACAUGCUCGUCAUUGCUCAUUGCCCGCUAACACAUAUCGACACCGAAGAAAUAGCAGUUCGUUAUCGCUUUCUUCAGGGUACCCCAUGUUCCAACCACCCCAGCAGCACAUAACACAGCCUCUUGCCCACACUAACAGCGCAUUUGGAAAUUCAUCCCAAGCAUUUCCAGUCGAUAACGUCAAUCAUGCUCAUACCCAAAAUUUCUAUUCGGCUCAAAAUAGACCAAUGAGCGUCAUGUAUAACCAACAACCUGAAGGAUCGCGCUUCAUGGAUAACUCCUUCGUUAACGUUCCUAAUGCUGCCAUUCCAGCGAACAAUUUUGCAUAUAACGACCCUCGAUUGCUGCAGAUGCCAGAAGCCCAAGAAAACAUCCACACUUAUACUCCUAAUGGUAACCGUGUUGUAGCCAAAUCGUCAGAGAGCUUGUAUGCCAACGGCAACAAUUACGAGAACAUCAAUUAUGGUGGUAUAUUCUAUUAG